CACAACCCUUGGAGUUCAGAGGCCUCUGCUGACCUCUGCCCAACCUAUUGCUCUCUGCACCUAAGCCCUCACUGGUACAUUCAGGAGCAGAGGCAGGCUAGGACUAGAGGAAAGAGGAGAGAGAGCUGGAGACAGGCUGUGAGAGGGCACAGAAGCCCACUGCUCUUCCCUGACCCAGCCCACCUACUAUUGCCAUAACAUCAAGGGAAGGAGCAGCUAUUAAGAUAGGAACUGAGGUGUCGUACCUUGUGGGCAAUAGUGUCAUUAGCUGUGACUUCUAAGAUGUCUCAAGAGAUGGGGGAGCUCACCCAAACUAGGUUGCAGAAGAUCUGGAUUCCACACAGCAGCGGCAACAGUGGGCUGCAACGGAGAAGGGGCUCAUCCAUACCUCAGUUCACGAAUUCCCCCACAAUGGUGAUCAUGGUGGGUUUACCAGCUCGAGGCAAGACUUACAUCUCCACAAAGCUCACAAGAUAUCUAAACUGGAUAGGAACACCAACUAAAGUGUUUAAUUUAGGACAGUAUCGACGAGAAGCAGUGAGCUACAAGAACUAUGAAUUCUUUCUCCCAGACAACGUGGAAGCCCUACUUAUUAGGAAACAGUGUGCUCUGGCAGCCCUGAAGGAUGUUCACAACUAUCUCAGCCAUGAGGAAGGUCAUGUUGCGGUUUUUGAUGCCACCAAUACUACCAGAGAACGACGAUCAAUGAUUUUGGAGUUUGCCAAGGAACAUGCUUACAAGGUCUUUUUUAUCGAGUCCAUUUGUAAUGACCCUGGUGUCAUUGCAGAAAAUAUCAGGCAAGUGAAACUUGGCAGCCCUGAUUACAUAGGCUGUGACCAUGAAAAGGUUCUGGAAGAUUUUCUAAAGAGAAUUGAGUGCUAUGAGGUCAACUACCAACCUUUGGAUGAUGAAAUGGACAGCUCCUCAGCCUUUGCUCCUACUUGGCUCUGGCCCAGCCACCUGUCCUACAUUAAGAUAUUUGACGUGGGAACACGCUACUUGGUGAACCGAGUGCAGGACCACAUCCAGAGCCGUACAGUCUACUACCUCAUGAACAUCCACGUCACACCCCGCUCCAUCUACCUAUGCCGGCAUGGUGAGAGUGAGCUCAACCUCAGAGGCCGCAUUGGAGGCGACUCUGGCCUCUCAGCUCGAGGCAAGCAGUAUGCCUAUGCCCUGGCCAACUUCAUUCAGUCUCAGAGCAUCAGCUCCCUGAAGGUGUGGACCAGCCACAUGAAGAGGACCAUCCAGACAGCUGAGGCUCUUGGUGUCCCCUAUGAACAGUGGAAGGCCCUGAAUGAAAUUGAUGCGGGUGUCUGUGAAGAGAUGACCUAUGAAGAAAUACAAGAACACUACCCUGAAGAAUUUGCACUGCGAGACCAAGAUAAAUAUCGCUACCGAUACCCAAAGGGAGAGUCCUAUGAGGAUCUAGUUCAGCGUCUGGAACCAGUUAUAAUGGAGCUAGAACGGCAGGAGAAUGUACUGGUGAUCUGCCACCAGGCUGUCAUGCGGUGCCUCCUGGCCUACUUUCUGGAUAAAAGUUCAGAUGAGCUUCCCUAUCUCAAGUGCCCUCUGCAUACAGUGCUCAAACUUACUCCUGUCGCUCAUGGCUGCAAAGUUGAGCCCAUUUACCUGAAUGUGGAGGCUGUGAACACACAUCGGGAGAAGCCUGAGAAUGUAGACAUCACCCGGGAACCUGAAGAAGCCCUGGACACUGUCCCUGCCCAUUAUUGAGAUUUUUAUAAGAAGUUAAACUGCUUGUGGCCUCAUUGCCUUACAUACUUAGGAACUGCCAUCCUUGCUCUUCUACCCUGAGAAGACUCUGGCCUGGCCUCACUGGGAUAGCCCUGUUUCCAGUGAAGAAUUCCUCAGCAGCUCUAAAACAAGUCUUGAUUUCUGGCCACAAACCAAUGAACUGUUUAGCUCUGGAUGAAGUCUUCCUUAAUUUCACAUUUCCUGAUCAAUAAAGACUGCCUACAGAAAGAGUAA